UUUUUCUUCAAUUUAUUCCUGUUUUUUUUUUUCUCCCCCAAGUGAUUUGCUUAUAAAACUAUAAAAAUAAAAUAAAUUCAACAGUGUUUGGUGCUUAUAUAGAAAAAUGCUUAUGACUUUUUAGCUUAUAGUGAAUUUAUAUAGUUUUUUUCUUAAAUGAAGUGUUCAAAAAUUCUUGGUGGACAUUUUGAGUGUGUUUCAUAAGACUUAGAAAAGCUGCUGCCAUUUCGAAUUUGCCAAGACUCGAGUGUUUGUGAGUGCGUUUGCAGUACCUAACUACCAUUGUUGGUGUAGAGUUAACUUUUUUAUUCACCCCCGCACCCUCAUCGGUCUUUUUUGAAAGCAGCCAACUAAAGAAAAAAGAACACACCGGAGGACUGACACUGCAAUAAGAGGCCGAAAAAGCUUUUCUAUCCGUUCGUUCGUUCGCUAGCUCGUUUCCACCGCACACAUCACAUACCGUCAACUUGAAAAAUGGCGGAUCCAGCAGCAGAAGCCGCAGCAGCACCAGCAGCACCAGCUGGAGAAGGAGGCGAUGAAAUCGUCGGAGGACCAAGAAAUCCUCAGCAGAUUGCUGCUCAAAAAAGAUUACAACAAACACAGGCACAAGUCGAUGAGGUUGUUGAUAUUAUGAGAACAAAUGUAGAAAAAGUUCUUGAAAGAGAUCAAAAAUUAUCAGAAUUGGACGAUCGAGCUGAUGCCUUACAACAAGGUGCUUCACAAUUUGAACAACAGGCUGGAAAACUAAAACGAAAAUUCUGGCUGCAAAAUUUAAAGAUGAUGAUCAUAAUGGGCAUCAUUGGUCUGGUAAUAGUCGGAAUCAUCGCAAACAAACUAGGAUUAAUAGGUGGCGAACAACCCCCACAACAAAUGUACAUGCCACCACCACAAUACAUGCCUCCCCCACAGCAAGCUCCAACCGGAAAUCAAGGUGCUCCAGCACAGUUGGUACAAGAUUCAUCUCAUCACUCCGGUAAAACCGUAGAAUAAAUUAAAACAAAAAUAAAAUAAAAACAAAAAUAUUAAUUAAUUAAUUAAACAGAAUAAAAAACUUUAUUAUUAAUUAAAACAAAAAAUACAAAAAAAAUAUACAAUUUAUGGUUCAGUAUAAAUUCAUUACAAGAAAACAAAAAGAUAAAACUAUGUAAUGAGAAUGUUUUAAGAUGAAAAAUAAAAUACUAAUAGAAAUUCUCAAACAUUAAAAAUAAUAAAACAACAACAUAUUAUAUAUAUAUUGAAGUAGGUAUAUUCUAUGUAUAUUUAUGUAUGUAUAUAUAUGUUUUUAUAGACAUAUAUGUAUAUAUUUUUGAAUAUUUAAAUGAUUUAAGCUCAGUUAUGUUGCAGUUUUUGUUUUUUGACUUAAAUAAUUAAAAAAAUAUAUAAAACAAAAAAUUUAUUUACUAGAGCUUAGAUAUGUAUAUUUUUAAAAUAUAACAAAAAUGCUUCAAUUAAACUGCACUUUAAGUUAAAAAUAGAAAAGCCAGAUGUGCAAUGAAUUCAAGUUUUGUUCUUAGUUUGAUUUUAAUUCUCACAAUUUUUGAACUUUUAAGCCUUCCUAUCAGGUUUAGUGCAACGUUCUAAACAUGCACUUUAAGAUAUGUCAAAUUGGCAGUUAAUGACAUUAAACAGAGAAAAUGACAUUAUAAACUAUGACAUUUUCCUAUUCCGAAACAUUGUGAACACUUCAAAGCCGAGUGACCAAGUCAAUGGAAAAUGACAUAAGUUACUAUGUCAAACAUUUAAGAUACAAAAUUGUUUACUAAACUGGAAACACAAAAUCAAUUAUUACAAAUAAAAAACAAAGGAGUGGUAUUAAAACUCCACCCUGCGAAUAUUCGCUUCGGAGGUUUCUUAACCUUUUGCUAAGAGAUGUUCACUGGGGACUACCUCAAGGUAAACGAUUUUAUUAGUUUUGGUAUCUUAUGUUUUUUUUAAUUUUUAAUUUUUUUUAAAGCUUGCAUAGAUUGUCAAUUUUAAUGCCUUUUUUAAACAUUUUUUUCUUUUGUAAAAUAAAAUUUAAUGAAAAAGAGUAAAAGCUAAUAUUUUUAAAGAAAUUAAUACAAAAUACUCUUUAAUAAUAAUAAAAAAUUCAAUAAUUAAAUUUACAUACAAAAAUAGAAACAAAAAUAUCAACAAAACAAAAUGAAAUAAGAACAAAAUUAUGAGAAAAUUUCAACGAUUUAAUUUUUAAAUUUAUUUAAAUAUAAACUAAUACAAUAAUAAUUGUAUAUUUAAUUAUUAUUAUUAUUGUUAUAUAAUACAUUAUUAAAUACAAUCUGAAUAUCAAUGUGAAUCUAUGUGUAUGUAAAUAAAAAAAAAAAACAAAUAAUAAUAAAACUAUAUAUACAACAAUUUAAACAUAUAAAUUCUUUUUUUUUAUUUUAAGUUCUUGUUUUUCAGUUUUCUAUAUAGUUAAAUGUACCUACAACAAUUUUAUCUUUAUAUAAAUGUAUAAUAUGUCAUAUUACAAAAUUUCAAUUAGAAAAAAUAUAAUAAAAAUAAACGUUUAAUAAGGAAUUAAUAAAAACAAAAAUAAGAAAAGAAACAAAAGCAUUUUAAUGAAAUUUUUAAUAGGAACAUUAUAUUUAAACAAAAUAAAAAAUAAAACCAUGCUUAUUUGAACAAAAUAAAAAACAAAAUAAAAUCGGGCAAGUUCACAAUAGUGGAGCAAAACUAUACAGUGGGAAAUGUAAAGAAAUAUAUUAUAUACAAAUAACAAAAAAACUAUUUUUCUUUACUAUUAUUUCUGGGGUUUCUUGUUAAUUUUAUUAAAUAUUUAUAUAGAAUACAGUUUAUAUUAUAAUUAACAAAACAAACAAAAAUUUUAAAAAUUUCUUAAUUAUUAUUUUUGUUUUUGUUUUAUUUUAUAAAACUACAGUCGUCAAAACACUAGACAAAAAAAAGACACUUUAAAACAAUAAAAAAGGGAAUUUUAUAGAUUAAAACCAACAAAAGAACAUCAGAAACAAAAAUUAAUAUAUUACCCAAUUUUCAUGUUUAUGUGAAAUAAAAUAUAUAAAUACAUUUCAAUUAAAAAAAUAAAUAAAAGUAAAACUACAUUGAACUAUAUAUUAAAAUUUGUCAAAGAGAAAAUAUACUAUAAUGCUAUAAUAAAAAAAAAAAUACAUUGGGUAAUAUUGAAAUUGUUUUAAAUUAAAUGACAAAAAUAUAAAUUUAAAAAUUUAAUAUAAUUAUAACAACAAAAAAAAGCAAAUUCAAAGGGAAUCAUAACAAACAAAAUAAAAUAUAUUGUAUAUCGAUGGGAAAAUAAAGAAAACAAAAUUACAAUAUAGUAACAAAAACCAAAAUAUAGUGUUGUAUAAAUAAAUAGUACAUGCAUUGUAUAUGAAUAUUGAAUAUACUUAUUAUAAAUAUAUUAUAAAUAUAAACGAUAAUAAAUUGAUUAA